CUUCAAUGCAGCCCGUCUUUCUUUGAAUCACCCAGGUAUGAUUGUGUCAUAGUGAAGACCCAAGACCAGCCAUUCUUUGCAUGUCUUGUUUACUUGUUUCGCUGUUCAAUCAGCGAGACCGUCCUUUCUCUCAUGCUCAUUCAUCCUUAUGAUGUUGCCAUCAGCCAUUGCCGCAGGCAUGACAUACAAACUAGCGCUACUUAUCCCAAUAGGCGCGAGUGUAGUAUUCGACCCAAGAGGACUGCUAUUGAAGCAACUUUCUUCUAA